AUGCGCGCGGGCGCGUCCUCCUCGGCGUCGUCCCCCUCCGUCGCGGCGGCGUUCGCGUUCGCGCGCGCCUCCGCGACGACGGACGGCGUCCUCCUCGGAGGACGGCACGACGAGAUCCGCGCGUCGACGUCGUCGUCGACCCGACAUCAUCAUCUCGCGUCGUCGCUCGCGCACGCGCGAUCGUUCGCGAGACCGUCGCGCCGCGCGCCCAACGCGAGCGCCGCCGCGUCCUCGAGCGAGAACGCGCUGAAGCGACCGCGACGCCCGAGCGAGCACUGGCAGCCCGUGGACGACGCGAAGACGAAGAUGCGCUACUGGUGGAACAAGUCCACGGGCGAGACGACCGGACUCGGCGAGCCGCGGCCGACGUCCUUCAAGCUCCCGCCCGCGGACAAGUGGAGCGCGCUGACGAAGCACGUGGACAAGAACGGCGAGCCGACGCUGGGGGUGGCGAUAGGGCAGAUGUUCGUGUUCGCGUUCGGCGGCGCGCUCGGCGUGACGGCGGUUUCAGUCGCGUUAGGGGUCUUGAGCGGUGGCGGCGGCGGCGCCGCCGCCGCGGGGAUGGAGGGGAAGGACGACGGCGGGGCGACGUCCUCGGGGAACGACGCUGUCGCGCGGGGGGCGGCGACGCGAGGCGCGACCGUCGCGAGGAGGGUCGCGGCGGCGGGGGGGGGAUGA